CCAAGGGAUGCGAGGCGCGCGGGGCGGGCUCAACGAGGCCGGGGGCGGGCCCGGUCGCGCCCACCCCCGCCCCUCCCCCGCGGCCCAGGCCCCUGGCCCCGCCUCCUCCUGCGCCGACCUGGGCCGCCGCCGACGAGGGUCGCGCGCGCCCGCGCCAGGGGCCGCGCCGGAAACCGAGGAGUGGCGGGGAGGCUGAGCCUGGGGAUGGCGCGCCAGGUGUCCAUCACCUUCAAGGACUUGGCAGUGCGGUUCUCGGAGGAGGAGUGGCGGCUCCUGGAGGAGGGGCAGAGGGAGUUCUACCGAGACGUGAUGCGGGAGAACUACGAGACGCUGGUCUCCGUGGGGACAGCUGAGCUGCUCCCCCUCUCUGCUUUCCUGUCCCCCUCAGAGCCUGGAGGAGCUGUCGUGGGAGGGAGCCACGCUGACGAGGGGCAGGAGCCUGCUGGUGGCGGAGGUCCCCAGUGGGGACAGCCCCGGCACAGCCUGCACCUCACCGCCCUGGUGCAGCUGGUGAAGGAGAUCCCAGAGUUCUUGUUUGGGGAAGUCAAGGGCACUAUGGACAGCCCCGAGAGCAAGAGCCGGGGAGCCAGCCUGGAUGGAGAGAGAGUGAGCCCCGAGGCUGUGGCAAGAGAGCCUUGCCCUCUCCGUGGCCUGCUCAGCUGUCUUCCAGAUGGCCCUGCCGGCCAGCCCCGCCCAGCUGCCACGCCCACCGACAGCUUGUGCUCCAGUGGCCCAACUGGUGACGGGGUCCAGGGAAGUCCUCUCCCCAUCAAAACUGGCGACAAACCAUGGCCUACAAGGAAAGAAGGCCCAGGAGCCCCGGGAGCCCCGGGCGGGGAGCCCAGCCCUCCCACCCUUAGCCCCAGCAGGAGGAAGAGCCACAGAGAACAAGAGAGAGGGACCUCGGAGGCCGGAAUUUCUCCUGGGAACAGCCCCUUGCAAGGCCUCAUCAACUGUCUGAAGGAAAUCCUCGUGCCUGGGCCCCAGCACCCCGAGACAUCCCCAAGCUUCCCGCCGCCUGUCCCCAGCUUGGGCACGUCCAGGCUAACCAGAGCAGACCUGGGGUCUGGGAGCCCGCCCUGGGCAGUGAAGACCGAGGCAGCUUCAGGGGAUUGUCCCCUCCAGGGUCUGCUAAACUGUCUGAAGGAGCUCCCCGAGGCCCAGGACAGGCAUCCCAGUCCCUCGGGAGUGGGGAACCCACGGCUACAAGAGAAUCCAGGGGCCUGGAAAAGGGGUUCUGGAGGGCCUGGAUACCUCCUGACCCCUCCUCCCCGUCCUGGUCUUGGAGCUGGCAGCCUGCUCUCUGUGAAGAUGGAGAACAGCUGGGUCCAGAGCCCCCCAGGACCCGCAUCCUGUCAGCCUGUCAGGCAGCCCCUCAGUCCCUCAGCCACUGGAGACACCAGAGGGGUUCCCCAACCCAGCUGGGGCCCUGAGGCUCAAGCUGCCAGUGCCUCAAGCUCCCCGCUGGAAGCCCUGGAAGCCUGUCUGAAGGGCAUUCCCCCAAGUGGGUCAUCACCUUCCCAGCUGCCAGCCACUUCUUGUUCCCAGAACCCCCAGCCAGGAGACUCUGGGCCUCAGAGGCCUGAACUGCAGCCCCACAGAUCACACAGUGAAGAAGCGACCAGAGAGCCUGUUGUGCCUCUGAGCCUGCAGGGCUGUGUGAGAGACGGCCCCGCCCGGCCCCCAGCCCCCCGAGGAACCCCCACCAGCUUCUCCUCAUCUAGCAGCACUGACUGGGACCUGGAUUUUGGGAGCCCUGUGGGGAGCCAGGGGCAGCAGCCUGGAAAAGGAAGCCCGCCAGGUAGCUCCCCACUGCAGGGUCUGGAGAACUGUCUCAAGGAGAUACCUGUGCCUGUGCUGCGGCCUGCCUGGCCCUGCUCCUCAGCAGCAGACAGGGGACUGAGGAGAGUGGAGCCCAGGAACUGGACAGCAGACAAGGAAGGACUGAGGGCCGAGGCCUGGGAGUCAGCCCGUCUUGGGCACAGUAGGGGAGAAGUGUCCACCCGGAGCCUCCGUCUGGUCAGCCCACAGGUGUUCACCUCCAGCUGCGUCCCCGCCUGCCACCAGCGGGGGCUCAAAGACUCUGGGGCCACCAGGCCAGGAGUGUGGAGGUGGCUCCCAGAGGGGCCUGCCCCCAAGCCCUCCCCGCUGCACUGCCUGGAGAGCGCCCUGAGGGGGAUCUUGCCUGUACGGCCCUUGCGCUUCGCCUGCGUGGCAGGCCCCAGCCCCAGCCCCGGCUCCAGCCCGAGCUUCAGCAGCUCUGAAGGAGAAGACCCGAGGCCAGAGCCCGAGCUCUGGAGGCCGCUCCUCCAGGAGAGGGACCGCCUUCCCAGCUGUAAGCCUCCUGUCCCUCUGUCCCCAUGUCCUGGUGGGACCCCUGCUGGAAGCAGUGUCAGCAGCCCUGGUGAAGACCCCAGGAGAACAGAGCCCAGGUACUGCAGCGGCCUUGGUGCAGGUACAGCUGGGGAUCCCUGCCCUGUUUCUCAGCUGGAGAAAAGGCCCAGGGUUAGUGAAGCAUCCAGAGGCCUGGAGCUUGGACAUGGAAGACCCAGAGUUGCAGCCAAGACCCAUGGGAGGCUGCUCCCCCAGGUCCCGCCUGAGCCACCCCGUGAGUCGCCACCUCCGGAGCUGCCCCCUCAGGAAGCCGCACCUCCUGUAUUGCCAGCCUCCUCCCCGCAGCCGCCGUGCCACUGUGGGAAGCCCCUGCAACAGGAGCUGCACAGCCUCGGUGCUGCCCUCGCCGAGAAGCUGGAUCGGCUCGCCACGGCGCUGGCGGGCCUGGCUCAGGAAGUGGCCACCAUGAGGAGCCAGGUGAAUCGGCUGGGGAGGCGUCCCCAAGGCCCUGGGCCAAUGGGCCAACCUUCCUGGAUGUGGACCCUCCCACGGGGACCUCGCUGGGCUCAUGGCCCUGGUCACAGACACCUGCCCUACUGGAGGCAGAAGGGACCCACAAGGCCUAAACCAAAGAUCCUGCGUGGCCAGGGAGAGGGCUGCAGGGCGGGUGACCCGCCAGGACUCUCCAGAGGGACCGCUUGCCGGGCACCUCCGCUGCCUCCAGACGCUCCCCCGGCAGAACCUCCUGGGCUCCACUGCAGCUCUUCCCAGCAGCUGCUGUCCUCUGCACCCAGCUGCCAUGCUACGCCGCCUGCGCACCCCCUCCUCGGACAUACCGGGGGCCACCAGAGCCCCCUUCCCCCUUUAGUGUCUGCUGCCUUACCUCUGCAGGGAGCCUCUCCUCCUGCAGCCAGUGCAGAUGCAGACGUGCCGACCUCGGGAGUGGCACCAGCAGGGAUCCCAGAUAGGCCUAAGGAGCCGAGCACCCUGCUGGGAGGAGUGCAGAGGGCACUCCAGGAAGAACUGUGGGGUGGGGAGCACAGGGACCCGAGGUGGGGGGCGCAUUGAUGGCAUUCCUCUUCUCCACAUCUGCUCAUUCUUGCCAAGGGUGCAGUGGUGGCGUGGAAGCCCUGUCACCCAACCCCAGGCCUCCCUCUCCCAGGGGAUGCCAUCUCUCUUAACUGUUGCUGGGAGCCUCACCCUUUGUCCCAACUGGGCAGAGCCCCCAGGUGCUGUUUGCUCAGGAGGCUGCUGUGGGGGUGCCUUCCUCAGCCUCUGGCCCUCUUGGCUCAGAUUCAAUCAAAUGUUGCUUCCCUCCCCUGUCUUUCCCACUGGAGCCGCCCAAGCUUGUAGGUGGGUGGUGUGCACAGGCCAUGUGUGCCCCACAUAUGCAGGGAGUGCCCCACACAGCUAGAGUGGCCAGGAGAGCACCUCCUAACCACCAGCCAUUCCUGAUCUCAGGAGCCAUGAAGGGCUGGGCUCUUGCCUUCUUGGAGUAAAUACUGGCACAGAUUUCAUUUGAAGAGAACUCGGCCCCUUGGUCUAAGCUGGACUUACCUCUGUGGAUUCUGAAAUUAAAGUGAGUUGCUAAGGAA